CGCGGCCAAACACGAGAAGACAGCCGAGCCUGCGUUGAACAAAAGAAACCGCAAGGGAACGAAAGAGUGCGAGAAAGCAGAAGAAAAUGAGCAGCGAGGCCAAAACCAGUGGCACAACUGCCGCCGGAGGAGGAGGAGGCGGUGGUGGAAGGGGAUUUAGGGCGAAGAUGGAGCACUACUUGUACAGCGGUGAGAAGAAGCACGUAUUUGCAGGCCUCGUUAUUAUCAGCGCCGUCUUUGCCGUUCCUUGGUACCUCAUGAAUCGAGGGGCAAAGCACCAAUCUCAUCAAGAUUACUUAGAAAAAGCUGAUAAGGCAAGGAGUGAAAGACUUUCUUCAGGGACACCCGCCGCUGCUAAAUGAUUUCACGAGUUUUAUGUUGAAGGUGUGUAACUUUACUCUGGUUUUUCAUAAUGGUUGCAACUUGGAAGGUGCAAUAGGUUUUUUUGCCUUCCUCAACCCGUUUUCCAGAAGAGUGGCUUCUCAUGAUCCUUGAGGAGUAAUGGCUGUUCUGUUUACUUUUGUUUUGAUAAAUACAUGUUUACGGUUAUGAGGAAUCGUUAUGAAUAAUUAGGUUGUGUUUCUUGUCAUGUUGAGGUGCACCAUGAUCCUUCCAUGUCAGGAAUUCCUUUGAUUUCUAACUAGCAAGCAAUAGGCUCCGUUUGUUCUCAUAUGGAGCUUGCAUUUUAUGUUAACUUUGGGUUAAAUACUCGAGUUUCCAGACUGUUGAACCAAAACAAAGAAUUCAUGCAUCAGUUUUAUUAAUUUUGUUGACUUGCA